GUCUGAGGGCGCUGCUAGAGACCGGAAGUGUGUGGUAUUAGUCUGCUGGAUGAAGGAUGGCUGAUGAGGAGGAGACAGUUAAAGCGGAUGCCCCGCUUCCUGUGGCCACUGAUCCUAAGAAGGCUCGCCCUAAAAAAGCUCCAGAGCUUCCUAUAUUAGAGAGGAGGAACUGGCUUAUUCAUCUGCACUACAUCCGAAAAGACUAUGAGACCUGCAAGGCCAUCAUAAAAGAGCAGCUGCAGGAGACUCAGGGCAUGUGUGAAUAUGCUAUAUACGUUCAAGCAAUGAUCCUUCGUUUGGAGGGGAAGAUUCAGCAGUCUUUAGAGUUAUUCCAGAGUUGCGCCAUCCUCAACCCCACCAGCUCAGACAACCUCAAACAAGUUGCCCGCUCCCUUUUUCUCCUAGGAAAGCACAAGGCUGCCAUUGAAGUUUACAAUCAGGCAGCUCGUCUUAAUCAGAAAGACUGGGAGAUCAGCCACAAUCUUGGUGUUUGCUAUAUGUACACAAAGGACUUCAAGAAUGCUGAGGAGCAUCUAAACAUGGCACUACAUUUGAACAAGCAUGACAUGACCUACAUGAUGCUCGGAAAAAUCUACCUGUUAGAGGGACACACUGAAAAGGCUAUAGAUAUCUACAAGACUGCAGUGGAGUUUUCCCCGGAGAACACAGAGAUGCUUACCACACUGGGACUUUUGUACAUGCAGAUUGGCAAAUAUCAGAGAGCCUUUGAACACCUUGGGAAUGCACUGACUUAUGAUCCAAACAAUUACAAGGCUAUCCUGGCAGCAGGCAGCAUGAUGCAGACGCAUGGCGAUUUCGACGUAGCCAUGAAUAAGUAUCGAGUGGCAGCAUUUGCUGUUCCUGAGAGUCCCCCUCUCUGGAACAACAUCGGCAUGUGCUUCUUUGGCAAAAAAAAAUACGUAGCUGCUAUAAGCUGUCUGAAGAGAGCAAACUACCUAUCCCCAUUUGACUGGAAGAUUCUGUAUAAUCUGGGUUUGGUUCACCUUACCAUGCAGCAGUAUGCCUCAGCUUUCCACUUCCUCAGUGCUGCUGUUAAUCUGCAGCCGCGUAUGGGGGAGCUGUACAUGCUGCUGGCAGUUGCCCUGACCAAUUUGGAUGACGCAGACAACGCACGCAGGGCGUACGAACAAGCUGUUCAUCUGGAUGAGUCUAACCCUCUGGUGAAUCUAAAUUUUGCUGUGUUGCUGUAUAAUCAGGGAGACAAGAAGGCAUCACUGCAGCAGUAUCAAGAAAUGGAGAAAAAAGUCAACAUGCUGAUAGAGAGCAACAGCAAAGUUGAUUUUGACCCAGAGCUCAUUGAAAUGGCUCAGAAAAUGGGUGCAGCCCUUCAAACUGGUGAGAAUUUGACCUGGUCCAAACAGAGCAAAGAAUCCAAGAUCAGCCAGCGGUCCUCUUCCAGUAAGCCGUCCUCCUCCCAGCAGCCCCUGGGCUCCAAUCAGGCUCUGGGUCAGGCAAUGUCUUCUGCUGCUGGCUACAGCAAGACUAUGCAGCUGGCUGCAGAACCGGAUGUAAAGAAUGCACCAUCAUCCCUCUCUGAGCCUUCAGGAGAGGCUGAAGAUAAUGGUGAUGAAUCAGCAGAAUCUUCCAAAGCCAAGGAGAAGAAAAAGAGCAAACCCAGAGCAGUGGUCGAGUAGUGUUGCUGCUUUCUACAACAAAAGCUUUGUAGAGUGAGUGUGUGUUUUUAAUGUACUACAUUUUAUUUUGAUAGACAUAUUAAGUUAGGUCUCGCACCUAUAGCUUGGGUGCCAAGCUGGAUAGUCUGCCAUGCACUCACUAAUAAGCAGGGUUAUUAUUAAAGUCACCAGGUCAUGUGAUCAAUUCAAAGAUGACCAGGAAAGAAGCAAACAUGCUACAAUCUGCAAUGCUCAGGAAUAAACCCUACACAUAUAAGUA